UGGGCCUGCGGGGCGAAAACUGCCGCGGAGGGCGCUGGGGGCGGCGCCGCUGCUGAGCUGGAGGCAAUCUGGGCGACGGCGACUAGGGCUCGGCGUACCUGGGGGCAGCCGACCUUUGCACCUUGAGGGAAGAAGAUGAGCACCGCGGACCAGGCCGGGGUGGGCCCGGAGGCCGAGGAGCCCGCGCCACCCGAGGAGGAAGAGGAGGAGGAGGAGGAGGAGGGCGAAGGGGGUGGGAAAGAACCAGCGGCGGAUGCGGCCCCGGGGCCCAGCACCGCGUUCCGCCUCAUGGUGACUCGGCGGGAGCCCGCCGUGAAGCUUCAGUAUGCGGUGAGCGGCCUGGAGCCGCUCUCCUGGUCCGAGGACCACCGCGUGUCGGUGUCCACGGCCCGCAGCGUCGCCGUGCUAGAGCUUAUCUGCGAUGUGCACAACCCGGGCCAGGACCUGGUGAUCCACCGUACCUCGGUGCCCGCGCCUCUCAACAGCUGCCUACUCAAAGUUGGCUCAAAAACAGAAGUUGCUGAGUGCAAGGAGAAAUUUGCCUCCUCUAAAGACCCCACCAUCAGCCAGACUUUCAUGUUGGACAGAAUGUUCAACCCCGAGGGAAAGGCCCUGCCUCCCAUGCGAGGAUUCAAGUACACGAGCUGGUCUCCCAUGGGUUGUGAUGUGAAUGGUAGGUGCCUUUUGGCAGCACUGACCAUGGACAAUCGCCUGACUGUGCAGGUGAACCUCAAUAGAUUGCAGUGGGUCCAGCUGGUUGAUCUAACUGAAAUUUAUGGAGAACGCCUGUAUGAGACCAGUUACAGGCUCUCUAAAAGUGAGACUCCAGAGAAAAAUCUCGGAGAUUUUGCUGAGUUUCAGAGGAGACACAGCAUGCAGACGCCGGUCCGGAUGGAGUGGUCAGGCAUCUGCACCACUCAGCAAGUCAAGCAUAACAAUGAGUGCCGGGACGUGGGCAGUGUGCUCCUGGCUGUCCUCUUUGAGAACGGUAACAUUGCUGUGUGGCAGUUUCAGCUGCCAUUUGUAGGAAAGGAGUCCAUCUCUUCAUGCAACACUAUUGAAUCAGGAAUCAGCUCUCCUAGUGUUUUGUUUUGGUGGGAAUAUGAGCACAAUAACAGGAAAAUGAGUGGCCUUAUUGUGGGGAGUGCUUUUGGACCUGUAAAAAUUCUCCCUGUUAAUCUCAAAGCAGUCAAAGGCUAUUUCACCUUAAGGCAGCCUGUUGUCUUGUGGAAAGAAAUGGACCAGUUACCUGUGCACAGCAUCAAAUGCGUGCCACUUUAUCACCCUUACCAGAAGUGUAGCUGCAGCUUAGUAGUGGCCGCCAGAGGCUCCUAUGUGUUUUGGUGUCUUCUUCUGAUCUCCAAGGCCGGUCUGAAUGUUCACAACUCCCACGUCACAGGCCUUCACUCACUGCCCAUUGUCUCCAUGACCGCAGACAAGCAGAACGGAACAGUGUACACUUGUUCCAGUGAUGGAAAGGUGAGGCAGUUGAUUCCCAUUUUUACAGAUGUCGCAUUAAAAUUUGAACACCAGCUGAUUAAGCUCUCGGAUGUGUUUGGCUCAGUGAGGACUCAUGGCAUAGCAGUGAGCCCCUGUGGUGCAUACUUGGCUAUCAUUACCACUGAGGGCAUGGUCAACGGCCUCCAUCCUGUUAACAAGAACUACCAGGUCCAGUUUGUUACUCUGAAAACCUUUGAAGAGGCAGCUGCCCAGCUCCUAGAGUCCUCAGUUCAGAAUCUCUUUAAGCAGGUGGACUUGAUAGACCUAGUACGCUGGAAAAUUUUAAAAGAGAAACACAUCCCUCAGUUUUUACAUGAAGCUCUGGAAAAAAAGAUUGAAAGUAGUGGGGUCACCUAUUACUGGCGUUUUAAGCUUUUCCUCCUGAGGAUUUUGUAUCAGUCAAUGCAGAAAUCACCUUCAGAAGCCUUAUGGAAACCUACCCAUGAGGACUCAAAGAUUGACUCCCCUGGGAUGGGUGAUGGCGAGGAUGAGCAGCAGGAAGAAGGAACUUCUUCGAAGCAAGUGGCUAAGGCAGGCCUGCAGGAGAGGAACAAAGAGGGGGAUGCAGAAGAAGCCCCUGAUGACUCUCUCGCCCCAGGGGGUGAGGGGGGAGGCCGUGAGCCUGUAGAGGAGAAACUCUUGGAGAUCCAAGGAAAGAUUGAGGCUGUGGAGAUGCACCUGACUCGGGAGCACAUGAAGCGGGUCUUAGGAGAAGUGUACCUGCACACCUGGAUCACGGAGAACACCAGCAUCCCCACCAGAGGACUCUGUAACUUUUUGAUGUCUGACGAGGAGUAUGAUGACCGGACAGCCCGGGUGCUGAUUGGGCAUAUCUCGAAGAAGAUGAACAAGCAGACCUUCCCCGAGCACUGCAGUCUGUGCAAGGAGGUCUUGCCCUUCACGGAUCGCAAGCAGGCCGUCUGCUCCAAUGGGCAUAUUUGGCUGCGGUGCUUUUUAACCUACCAGUCCUGCCAGAGCUUGAUAUACAGAAGGUGUUUGCUUCAUGACAGCAUUGCCCGGCACCCGGCUCCAGAAGAUCCUGACUGGAUUAAGAGGUUACUGCAAAGCCCCUGCCCUUUCUGUGAUUCUCCUGUCUUCUGAAUGUCAGUGGUGGAGACUGCAAAGAUGUGACGUCCACUGUAGAAAGUGCCCUGGAGCCUGCGGAGCAGGUGCGCUGGAGGAAGCCUGGCCAUGGCCAGUGGACAGGCACUUCCUGGGAGCUCAUUUCCCACGUGCACAUGCCAUCUCUAGGGACUGAAGGAUAUCUUUGAAAUGACUGAACAGGAAAGGUUUAGUCAUUUUGAGGAGAACAUUAGCCUCCCCAUGACCUCCUUACCCAACAAGAAACACUUUAUUUUUCAAGUGUUCUUGACUAAAGCAGUAUGGACAAAAAAGAAUGUCCUGCUGUUUCUAGAAACAUACGGUCUCUUCUAGAGAGUUUGUAUGAAGACCUCGCCGGAAUGGGAUAGCUUUUAAUCCUUGCUUUGGCCUGGGACUUCCCUGUGGCUCUAGAGAGCUAAAGUUAGUUGGUACGUGACAUUCCAUGUGCCAAUAGAUAUUAAAACUGUGUAAAACAGUACGUGGGCUGAUGUUUUGCUUGCAGUAAAUAGCUGCAGACCUGUGUCCCACUGACUUCAUGAGUAUGGAAAACAUUUCCUAAAGCUAUAUUUUUGAAGCCAAGUCUAAAAUUGAUCUUAAUGUAUCCGAUGAUCAGGUGACUAUUAGAAGUUAAUCGUUGUGAUUUAUUUUUCUCUCCUGUGUCAUCAGAUGUGCUGACCCAGCUGCUCAGUGUGUAUAGAGGUCGAGUCCUCUACUUCCCCCAUCUCAUCCCUGCUUCAGACUCAACUGUGGUAACCUAGAUAUUUGUGCAUAGAUGGGGAAAUAUUUCCUCCUUUUAGUAUUAAAUGAAAGCUUCAGUAUUUCUAAUUUUGACAUUUCCCUGAGUAUCUGAGGGAGGAGUCUGGACUUCUGGAGAGAGAAGGGCAGUGUGGAGGUGGAGGCCCUUGAGCUCCAGUGCAGCAAGAGAGUGCAGCUCAAAUGAACAGAACCCUCUCUCCCUCCAGAGGUCCUUAGUGUUUGGAAUGCAGGUAUUUUUGUUUGUUCUGUGGAGAGGAGACAUCAGCCAUCAGCUUUUAUUACUAGCUCUUAAUCCAUACCUACCAUAGAAGUUCUGGAUCUCUAAGUGACUUUCCUAGGAAUUGGUGCUAAUUAGCUGGACUGUAGUGCGCAUACUUUGAAUGGCAUUUUUGGAAAGUAGGAUGAGAAAUAACAAGAUAGUGUUUUACACACUUCAUGCUUUUUUUUUUUUUUUUUUUGCUUUUAACAUACUUUACUACUUUGGUUUCACAUCCUUAGUGAAAGACAUUUUGUCCUGAAUUCAGAAUAAUAAUAUCUUAGUACUUGGGUACCACAUUGAGAGAGACAGACCAACCACAGAACACACACCAUCCUGAUGCACUUCCUCACAUUGCCAUGUGUGACCCGGUCUACUCUGAGAUGCCCUGUUAAGAUUGUUGUGUGUUUCCCCUGCUUAAUUAUGUAUUGGCUGGGUCAUUUCAAGAAUAAAAUGUUUAUCUAGACUUUAGGGACCAGCAUGUAAAGCUGAUCUUGCAGCACUGGGCUGUUGAGUAACCCAGCAGAGAAUAUGGCAUGGGCAGAGCUGUUCCUCUACAGUGAAUACAGCAGUGAAGGGGAGAUCAUGUCAAGGACUUGCUCCAGUUGUGACAGUCAUGAAGCUUAGCUUUACUUCUUCCUUUGUUCAGCCAAGACCAGUAAGGAGUUCAGUACGGGGAUUUUACGUUGUUGCCAUUUAAACCUUAAAUUGGCUUCAACCAUUAGGAGUGAGUGAAAAGAACUUCUGGGAUUAUUUUGUAUUUGUCUACAGGAGAACAUGGCAACUGUUGUAGGACAUGGUUCUCUGCAGGGGCUUAGCCCAGUGGCAGUCUUCAGACUCUGAAAUCUAGCCUUAACCAUGUGUCUUCAUAGCCAGGAGAGAUGUUCCCCCAGCCUAAUGAUGUUAAUCCUUGGAACUGAGUGAAUAGGAAGAGAGGUUGAUGGCCACCUCAUAGAGUGUGCUUCCAAACUUCUCAAAGAGUUAGCCAACAGAACCACAGAGGGUUGAUCAGGGGACCUUGCAAAAGUGGGAUUGAUGGAGUGGAGUGAUCUAGUUUCCUCUCCUAGCUUAAACUUAGCAUGCAUACACUUGAGGCUUUCCUCAAAUUUGCCUGACCUGUUUGGUGGACUUCAAAUUGAUUUUAGUUGUAGCUGAAAAAGCUGUUUCAGGCAUGGAGGAGUUGUGGAAGCAGAGUUGCAGCCCCGCAUUGGAAGUGCCAGAACAAAGAUUCUGCACUGAGGCUUCUGAGCUACAACCCUGGCACAUUUGAGCCAUGUGAUAACCAUGGAUGUAGCCUGUCUUCUCUGCCUGGGGUGGCUAAUUUGUCCCUAUUACUGUAGAUAGGAAAUUGAUAGCUGUUAUGCGUGGUGUUCAAGUCCUCAUGAGUCCAUCCCCAGCCUUCAAGAAGUCUCCACCAACUACUACAUUGGCCAAAACCACCAAUUAUUUUUCUGUGUCAGAAGUUAUUAGAAGAACCAGCAAAGCUUGUGGCUCAGUGUGACAUUUUUUUGCUUCCUCCAGGUAGGUUUUGAGAACAUUUCUGUCAUCACAUGUAGGCUGGACCUAUUAGCAAGUUUAACAGGUUAGUUAGGUCAGGGAAAGGUUAAAUUAAAUAUUAAAAUAGAUUGCUUUAAUUAUAGUAGUAUCAAUAAAAUGUGGCUGAUGCUGGUUCAAGGGAUACUGGUUUGAGAGAGCCCUGCGCCUUCCCUGCAGCUAAACCUCCGGUAGUUUGAUGAAUUGAAGCAGUUUCUGGAAUUGAACCAGGUGUCAGGUACCGGUCAGUCCCUGCAGCAUCUGUCUGCUCUUGAUCUCUCUUGCCUCGUGUCCCUAAAGAGGCUCUCAUGGUUUCCACUCCUUCAGUCUCUCAGCAUGUAUUCCAAGCAAAGAUUUCUAAAUCUAAGUCAUGAAGUGGGUUGCCUUCCUAGAAGAAACUUAUGACUGCUUUCUGAAGGUGUUACCAGAAGCUCAGUAAGCUGUAUCUGGUUUUCUUCCACACUUUUUUGUUUUGUUUUUUGAGAUAGGGUCUCACUCCAGCCCAGGUGACCUGGAAUUCACUAUGUAGUGUCAGGGUGGCCUUGAACUCACAGCAAUCCUCCUACCUCUGCCUCCUGAGUGCUAGGAUUAAAGGCAUGUGCCACCAUGCCUAGCUUCUUCUACACUUUUAAUGAUAAUUUUAUGAUUUGAGAGGAGUAUUUUGGGUUGGACUUGGGGCCCAGGGAUGGAUGGAAUCUAGCUCCUUGCCAGCACCACACCACCCUGGCCAGUAUUACUACACUGUGCUGAGAUGGACGGAAUAUAUUCCAAGUCAGUCUGGUCAGCAAGUAGCCAAAAGCUAUGAGCUUCUCCUUUUAGCACACCCUGGACUUCUAGAGUCUUAGCCAGGUUUCAACAGCCCAUCCUGGUGUGUCCUUGUCAGCAGGUUGGUGGAGUAUAGUGAUUCAGUGAGAAUGAAGACUCCUCCCGCAAGGUGGUUGAAUUUGAAUGAUGCCUCUCCAGCUGUAACUGAAGUGACAUGUUUUUACUUUAGUUAUUAGUGAAAGCAUCAGUGGUCCCUCAAACAGAUUUUAGAUUAUGCCUCAAGGUUGUUAUGGGUAUUAGACUCUUAGCUGCUCUUUGUUGAAAACAAGAAGAUUUUACAGUUAAUGUCUGCUAACAUGGGUGGCUAAGUACAGAGCAGGUGAAACAUGUCCUUCAAUGAAUUUAAGUGAACUUAAAGAAUCAGGGUUCUUCCGGGGUGGGGGUGGGGGGAGAGCAAGGGGACAAUGUUAGCAUAUCUUGUGUUCACUUUGAGGCAGAAUGUGUCUCUAGGGGAAGAGAUCCAGUUUGCAGUCAGGAUCCUCAUCAUGAUGAGUUUAUGCACAGCAAAAUGAUGUGGUUUGCCAGCAAGGUCUGAGCUUACUCAUUCACUGUGAGCUUGAGGAGAGAUGAAAAAGAGAAGUGGUACCCACUGAAAUCCACAGUAUAGGCUCUCUAGCUGCAGUGGUGUAAUGGGUUGGUAGAAUUGGAGGCUAGCCUGGAUGGAGUACAUAGACCCUAUCUCAAAAAAUAAUAAUAAUAAUUGGUCAGAUUGGGCAGUGCAAAAGGCAGGGAUGGGUUUGAGAUGUUUCAUACUUGGUCUAUGUCUGACAGGGUAGGGUUUUAGGCACACACUCAUGUUUUCUCUCUCUUUCUCUCUCUCUCUCUAAUGAAAAAUCAAUGGAAAGUGUUCUAUGAACUGUGUCUGUUCAAGGCUUUGUCUGAUUUGUACUUUGACAUAUGAAAGUGAACAUCAAACUUGUUUAUACAGAAAUAAGUCUGUGUUGUGCAUAGUGGGAUAAUAUACUUGAUGUUUACCCGGUGCCUGUGCUGAAGUUUGUGCUUGGCUUUGAAUUAAUUGUAUGUUUACACCUGACAUUUUUUGAAAUAAAGAGAAAAACUUAAUGCUUAUAGAAAAGGGUGUGUCUUUUAAUUUACCAUCUGACUAGGCUUAGGUAUGCUUUAGAGUUUCAGCAAAAACUUGAAGCAUAGAGGAGCUGGGAAUGUGGCUCACCUGAUCGAGUGCUUGCCAAGCAUUCAUGAAGCCCUGGGUUCUAUCCCCAGAGCUGCAUAAACCAGUUGCAGUGGCCCACACCUAUCAUCUCAGCACUCAGAAGGUGGAGGGAAGAGUAUCUGAAGUUUAGUGUCAUCCUUGGUUGGCUAAAUACAGAGUUGGAAGCCAGUCUGGGCUACAUGAAACCCUGCCUCAAAAUUACUGUCAGUAUCCAGUCCUGUGGGAUGCUGUGAUUCUAAAGUAACAGAUGAUCUGUUUCUUACCAGUUAGCUGGUUUUUAGCUUCUCUUUUCAGAUCACUUGUGCUUAUAGCUCUGCUGUGGAUGUGAAGUGCUGCAGCUGCCUGUCAUGGCAGGUCUGUGAAUGAAACAAUGUCAUGUUGCAUUUUGUAUGCCAGGCCACCAGUAUUAUGGCCACUUUUUAUUCAAAAUAAAUAAUAAUUGUUUACA